GGGGCCGAAAUAUCCGGCAAUACGAAUUAGAUUCGGUUAAUACUCAAGGAAGUCAAAGUGAACUUAUUUCCGUGGCGUAUAUCCCUUAUUUCGAUGGGUGGGCUUGGGCUGACAAACAAUCACGCUCUCGGCCCAAAACUUGUAUCUUUUCUUUGGAAAAAUUCCCCUUCUGGCUUCUUCUGCAAUCUUCUUCUCCGACUCCGGCCACCGGCCACCGACCACCGCCCCUGCGUUCCCGCUCUUCUCUUCCACCGCCACCGCCAGCGACUCGACUCAGCGAUGCGAUGGAGCCCGCCGCUGCUACCACGACACCGCCGCCGUCAGAGAGGCACCGCAGCCCUAAGGUGAAGCGGCAGCGGAGUGCGGCGGCGCAGCCUUUGGGCGACGUCACCAACCUCCUCCUCCCGAGCACCCCGACCAACCCUAUCACCGCCCGCCCCCGCCCACUCCCCUCCGACACCACCGCCGCUGCCUCCACUUGCUCCGCGUCUCCCUCGCACACUCCCGUCUCCAAGCCUUCUUCCGCCACCGCUGCUGAGGAGCGUAGCUUGGUUAAAUCGGCCAUCUCCACCGUGUAUACAAGGCGCAACACCACCCAGAAGAGGAGGAGAACCAACGACAACACACCAUUUCCUGCCGGAACAGCAAGCUGCCCUCCUCCUGCAACUCUCGCAAGUAAAAACAGGGUACUCGGCCUAUUUCAUCCUCGGCUCCUUGUCAUCGAUCUAAAAAGACGAAGAGCACGAGGAUGGAGAAUACAUCUUCAGGUAAACAUAUGCUACCAGAAGAUUUUGUCAAGAAGCAGAGAGCCUACUUUGAGGAGGUUGAUGCCUUUGAGCUGCCAGAGGAGGAGGCCUCAGAGACGGACCUGGAGUGAAGACUCAGUUAAAUCAGUGUAUCGGUGCAGCUAGCUUGUAAGAAAUUACUAGAAUAUGUGACUACCCUACCUGUACAGAAGCACGCUCGCAUAGUUUUACGACAAUGUAACUGCGAGUUAGUAUAACCCGUGUACCGUAAUCAUCACCAGUCAAAGCCCUACUGACGUUGGCUUUGUCUUCUGCUUGUAGUUGUACAAUAUCAAGUACUUAGAUAUUAAGAUGAGACCGGUGCUUUCCCCCGUUUGACCUAAACAAUGGCUAUGAUCUUUGUUUUUUCUGGAAGUAA